UUUUUUUUUUUUUUUCAACGUCGCGAGCCAGUCGGUCUCUGCGACUUGAACACUGCUGAAGCGUAUUGCGCCUGGGUGUCCGUAGAUAGAUAGUUUGCGUUUUGCAGUCGUUCUCGACCUUCGUGACGUGUGCAUCGUGCUCGAUCGCCGAACUUUCAUGUUUGCCUGGCGAACGGGAAGCGGCACAUGCUUGGGAAGCGAAACUUCUGCCGCCAACUCCGCCAGCGCUUGCACGGGUGAGGAUCCCAAGUUAACGGCGUCUGCGCCAAGAUCGCGUUUACCAGAAGAGCCAGACGGUAUACUAAAACACUAUGGCCACAAGCAAGGCGAACAGUGCGACGAACAAAUAUCAGAACGUCAAAGGUCGAAUCUACAGCGUCCACCGUGUCUAUGGCUUCAUAGCAGCGGACAUUUCCCUAAAAGACAAUGUAUACUUCAAUCAGGAGACGUUUGAAGACGGCAGGUACGCCGACCUUCUCGACUCGGGCCUAAAGGCCGGCGACUUGGUCAUCCUGGACUUCAUCCAGAGACCCGGCACUGAGCUCUACCGCGCGCUGAGCGUUCGACGCGUGGGUUACGUCCCUCAGCGACAGAAGACAAUCGAAGAGAAGAUUCCUUCGUACUUGGACAACGAAGAGGGCGUCGUGUGCGUGCUCAGGGACUCUCACGCGUUCGUGAGGGUCUCCAGGUUCCGUGGAGUGACGGGGAGCUUUCAGAAGAGCGACCUCGAAGCGUACAUGGGAAGGCGAGUCGCCACGUUGCGAGACGUGCUCGAGCUAGGCGUAAAGCUUCGCUUCGAUGCGAUGUGCAACCCGGACGAUCGGUCGAAGACCAAGUGGAUCGUCGAGAAACUGCGUUCGGUCGAAGGCGUCCCGCCGGCUGCUCCUAGGAGCGCGGUCCCGGCGCGCGACUCCAAACCCAACAGCCCUGCAGCGUCAGGAACGCUAGUCGGACGCUGCGGUCGCGUCCAAGAAAUCUUCCUGGACCACGCCGUUGUCAGGUACGGCGCGCGUCGUUCAGACACUGCUUACCUGCACGCCAGCGUGGUCGAGAAGUCCCUGGAAAUCGACAUCGAAGACCUGCGUAACGUUUUGGAGGAAGGCAGCAAGGUACGCUUCGACGCUGACGCGAACGGUUUCCAAUAUGGCCGCGGGAAGUGGCACGUGACGCGCGUGGAGCUACUGGGCUCGAGCUCUUGCGCGAGUCUUUACUCCGCGCCGUCGUCCGCCGUUAGCCUCGAGGCGCUCACGAUGAGCAAACUGUUCGCGGACGGGUUUUCGGGUGAAGCUGACGCCGACGAACUCCACGAGUUGUGCCUGGAACCGCGCUCUCGCCUGUGCUCGGAGGAGGAACGUUGUGACGUCACAAGCGAGCGGACCGACGUCACGAACACCCGCAGCAGACGAAACGUCGCCGACGAACGCAGACAAUCGCCGUACCUUUUCAACGACGACGACGAAUUUCCGGCGCUACCGUCGCGUGAGCCUGAGAGUAAAGAAGCGCCGUCGGUAUCCAUCUACGAGAACGUGGCAGCCGUUGUGGCGAGAAUCACGUCGAGCGCGGCGACCUGCUACGUCAAGCAGUCGGGUGCGACGAGGACGGUGCAGUUCGGAGCUGGCUGCUUCUACAGGGACGGCGAAGCCGUUUCUGGUAGCCUGGACCGAACGCUCGGCGAAGGGGACCUGUUAACGCUGGACUACAUGGUGGGGACCCGACGCGAAGGUGACGACAUUGUUCACUGCGACCUCGCCUGGCAGGGAGACAAACCUCGCGGAGUGCCCAGGAUGAGCGCCGAGGAGUUGCUGGAGAGACUCGACGUCAACGGGCAGCUGGUCAAGAGCGAGGACGAAAGAUUUCUGCACGAAAUGAUUGGUGAUGACGAACUGAGUGAACUGUUGGGCGAAUCGUUUGUGCCUGAUAGCGACAAGCAGAGCAGUGCGAACGGAGCCACUGAGGAAGACUCUAAUGUCAAGGCCCCUCACCGUUCCAAAGCUUCAGUGAACGGCAUGCAAAGGACGACCAUCGGCAGCCACAAGCGAUACAUGCUCACGGAGGAGCAAGUGCCAGCCUUCGCACGGUUGAUCCUUCAGCAGCUUGAAGCGAGCCGCAAGUCGAACAGUCGAGUCAUCCUUCGGCACGCCAGCACCCAGACCGAAGAACAAUAAUCCCUGCGUCAAUGCGGCUUCGAGUUUAAAAUCGAUCGCGAGUGAAUAUUCUUCUUCGAACAUUCCAGUCAGCACGCGCACGAAACAGGCCUGUUUUGUAACGUGUACAGGGGACGAUUCUGCGAUAGGUAUUUUAGGUAGGGGAAGUUUAGAGACCGCGACGAAACUUACAGUAAUUGUUAUAGCGGUCAUUUUAUUGAUUGAUUAUUGAUAGGAUAGAGUAAUCAAAUUGAUUGCUACAGCCGUCUACUACGCAAAAGAUACCCAAGUCAAACUCGGAUCCGUCCGCUCACAGCUAAGGUCAUCAAGUCUUUGGGCGCAGGCCGCGUGUUCUCCGACGUCACAAUGGCGUAAGGCUCGUUUUUUUAUUAUUUCAUCGGUCUCCCAGUGCAAUGAACGCUCCACGUCAAUCGCAGUGUGCGAUACUUCACCUGAGUUCACCCCCCCCCCCUUUCCACACGCACUCACACCCCUUUUUUUUUUGCGUAGUACUACGUGCAGUCUCGAAACCUUUGCUCUCAAUUGCAUAGCGCAGUGCUCAAUUAAGCGGUCCGAAUGGAUACAACAACGAAUAUUUGUCAAGAAAUUAGCUAGUUGGCCAAAAAGUAUGUUCCGCGAACCUUUGGCUAGUCGACUGUACUGGGGACACAUUGAAGCAGUGAAUGAGCUUAGCCGUAAUAAAGUGCACUUCAGAAGGUUCCCAAAAGGUUCAUCACUUGAACAAAUGACAGUCAUUUCGAGCUAGCGCCGAAACCCGAAUGCCGAUAUGGGUUCUGCGACGUGACGUAUCUCAAAGUGUUUUCUCGUCAUAUGUGGACCGCCAAGGAACACGGGUUAUCAGAACGCGGAGGAUGUGGAUGAAUGCCUCUCU